GUAUGGACAAGAAUAUGGAUCACAAAUCAUAUUGAUAUCUGGACUGAUCGUCUAGUGCAUCUCAGCAUAAAAGCACGUGGGAUUUGUGUACACUAUCCAUUAUCAACAUUAUUCUAACAUGUAUGUUUAUAAUUGUAGGUAGAUAAAUGCACAGUAAACCUCAGAAUUUUUAAUGUGCAUAUACACUACAACUAGAGAAGGAGCUAUAUCUUUAUUUCAGAUUAAGUGAUAGAGCAUGCACUUGUUUAAGUCAGUGAAAGUCAAUAGUCGAAACGUUAUUACAAAUUAAUCCAAAGAUAUAGAUUAGCAUCAUAGUGAGUAGCCUUAAAGAUGCAAUCUAAUAAUCAGUUAAGUAAAGGCUUAUAACUCAAGCAGGACAAGAAAAUCUAGAAUAAUCAUGUAAUGAAGGACCACCAUUGUUGGGAGGAGCAUGAAGUCCAUUACCUACUUCAAGAUUGUCUGUAUACAAUCACAAGAACUCAAUCUUUGUACAUGGACCAGUUCUUCUAUAUUCUCAUUUGAAAUUUGAACAAUUAAUCCUAAAACAACACUUGGUUUCUCCUUUGACAAAACAGUUUAAACAGUACUAAUCUUGCUUGUCCAUUUCUAGAUGCUGAAAUGAAAUCACUAGCUAUAUCUCCAUAAUCUUGUCCUCUUGAUUUUUUGGUACAUACCAUCAGUAUUUCCCCCAUUUAUUUUUAUGGAGCUUCCAUCAUUUCCACCACCAUGAAACACCGGCAAUCCCCAUUCCAUCUUUGCCUAGCUACCCCUACCCUUCUUUCUCCUAGAACCAUUUCUGCAACUUCUACCUCUGACAGUAUUCCGGCUGUCGUCCACUACCUUUCAUAUCAUUCCUAGUAGUGCCUCUAACAACAUAUUACCGGCAUAGUUACUCCAAAAAUAUUUAUCCAGGGUUAAAGAAAAUUUCCUUCCCAGGAAAAUUGGUGGGAGGAUCAGGAAACCAUAGACUCAAGCAUCUCCAAUGCUUAUCUACAUAAAUCCAAAAAUCCUUAAAUUCCGAGCAGUUUAAGGUUUCAACACACAGGCUUCAUUGUUGUAAGCUGCAUGAAGUUCCCACAUUAAAUAACCCCUCCAUCAGUAAACUUUGCAUAGAAGAGUUUCCGAUGACCAAAGGCUUAUUUUCUAACAAUCAACUCCGAUCCUUAGGAGCCAUGAUCAACCAAUCAACAAACCGCCAAAGAUACAUCAUUUCACCAUCAGAACCAUCGUAUAGGGCUUGGGAGACAUUCCUAAUUCUCCUUGUCAUCUAUUCUGCCUGGAUUUGUCCAUUUGAGUUAGCAUUUCCAACUUGCAAUCAAGAUGCAUUCCUCAUUGUUGACAACAUAGUCAACUUUUUAUUUGCUGCUGACAUUGUUCUUACUUUCUUUACCGCAUAUAUUGAUAGCAGCACAUAUGCUCUAAUUAAUGAUCCAAAAAGAAUCGCAAUAAGGUAUCUGUCAACCUGGUUCAUCUUGGAUGUCUGUUCAACAAUACCAUUUCAUUCCCUCAGUAUUCUAGUUACAGAUCACAAUGGAGGACCUGGCUAUAGCUUUCUAAGUAUGCUACGAUUAUGGCGUCUCAGACGAGUCAGUGCCCUCUUUGCAAGGCUUGAAAAGGACAUCCGAUUCAACUAUUUCCAGAUUCGCUGCACAAAACUUAUAUCUGUUACACUGUAUGUUGUACAUUGCGCGGGAUGCUUCAACUACACAAUUGCUGACAGAUACCAUGAUCCUAAAGAGACCUGGAUUGGGGAUGUUGAUCCAAAUUUCAAGGAAAGGAGUAUCUGGGAUAGAUAUGUAGCAGCAUUGUAUUGGUCCAUUGUGACACUAACUACAACAGGUUAUGGAGAUUUUCACGCCAAAAACACAAGAGAGAUGCUCUUUCAGGCUUUCUAUAUGCUAUUCAACCUUGGAUUGACAUCUUAUCUCAUAGGAAACAUGACAAACCUUGUAGUUCACUGGACCCAGCGCACCAGAAAGUUUCGAGAUUCUAUCACAGCUGCAACAGAAUUUGCCAAAAGGAACCAGUUGCCUUCUAGUAUUCAACAUCAACUUCUGUCCCAUGUAUGUCACAAAUUCAAGACAGAAGGAUCGAAACAGCAAGAGACACUGGAUGGAUUACCUAAAACAAUUCGUUCCAGCAUUGCAUGCUAUCUGUUUUACCCCGUUCUUCAAUAUGUUCCACUCUUCCGUGGGGUUUCCCAAGACUUUCUCUUCCAGUUGGUCUCUGUAAUGGAGGCUGAGUUUUUCCCGCCUCGGGAGAAAGUGAUCCUGGAAAAUGAGGCGCCAACAGAUACAUACAUACUGGUCUCUGGAGCAGCGGAUUUUAUUGCAAAGACAAACGAGAAUGAUCAAAUUAUUGGAAAGGCUUCCCCAGGGGAAAUAUUUGGAGAAAUUGGAGUUCUAUGUGAAAAGCCUCAGCCAUUUGGAGUUCAAACAACUAAAGCUUCUCAAAUGCUAAAGCUGAGUAAGACUUCAUUUCUUAACAUACUCAAAGCAAAUCCUGUAGAUGAAUGCGUUAUCAUGGCCAACCUGAACCAGAAACUGAUGGCAUGGAGAACUUUAGACAUUGAGUGUGGUCAACCGUGUCCAAGACUUAUCCCUAAAAAUAAAUGGAAAGUAAAAGGAGAUAGUUCUAAUUCAAGAUUUAUGUCAGGAAACCAACCUGGAUGUGAAAGCUGCGCAAUUUCAUCUUAUAAGGAUAACCAAGACGCCCUUCGAUUUGCAAGUGACCAAGAACAUUUUGAAAUCCUGUAUCAUAAAGGUGAACAUAAAUCAGACAGAGAGACUGAUUACAACACCAACCAUUACAGAAAGCAUACAUACCCUUGCUCGAGCAUGCAUAUGCAUCCAACAAAUGCACAGGGAAAAGAAUCACAAAAGAGAGUCAUCAUCCACAUGAAGUUUGUAAACCAGGACGUAUCCCAAAGGCAGCUACCCAAGCUAAUAAUUCUACCUGAUUCCAUUGAAGAGCUACUCAAAACAGCAGGCCAAAACUUCGGAGAUGAAAAUCUUUCAACAGUCCUAAGUGCCGAAAAUGCUGAAAUCAAAGACGUAAAUGUCAUACGAGAUGGCGAUCAUUUGUUUCUUCUCCAAGCCUGUGAUGAUAAGGUGGCUCGAGCCAAAGCAGAUGAGAAGAAUAUGACAUGGAAAUAGAAAGCAAGCAAUUCGAAUAAGCACAUGUCAAACGAAAUCGUAACAGAUUGAGCGUCCCAAUAGAUACAAUGCAUAUCUGAGGAUAAUAAUAAGAAACUAUUACCA